CUUUUCCUUCUCUCACUGUCACCCCAAGUCGUUCUGUCUCUCAGAGCAAACAAUAAGACGCGAUCUCAAGAUCUAAUUAUGCGCCUCGCUACAAGGUAGGUAUCUACACACUUCUAUUCCUAUUUCUAUCCGCAGCGUUUGUCCUUCAGUCACUCAAUCUUCCCACGAGUCUUCCUCACGGAGGGUCUUCUACGGACGGUGCGUUUUGUACUAUCCGCACGAAGUAGUCUGAAGGAUGAUUUAACGACUAAAAAAAAGGGACUCACAAUUCGUUGUGUGCUUCCUUUUUUAUUGUCGUAGUUGCUAGAACAACAAGGGCCAUCAUAGUCCACGUCCGUCUCGUCUUUGUUGGUCACCUUUUUGGUGGCUAACAUUGUCUCAAUUUCUACACGGGCGAGGCUCCAGGAGCACCGACAUUCUUUUUUAUGUUAUUGGUAUUAUAUAGUAAUGUGCCGCUGUCAUAUGAUUACAGUAUCUGGAAUAUCAUCGAAGUUCAUGAUAUCAAAAGAUCCUAUUGUUUUGAUACCCUUAGCACGUGCAGAUGCAAUCAAGGUUUCGUAUUCUUUCGUCAGAGUGGAUUUAGACCAGGGAGAGCUCAACGACGUCAUAUUGUGAUAUCAAGUCCAGAACUUGAUGUUCUAUCUUAACUGCCGUGUCUCCCUAUCUAAGCUAUGCCAUGUACUCUACUACUAUUAAUACCACAUAUCAAAGGGCCAAGCCUGCCAAGUAAAUAAUCAUGUUCAAGCUAUCCAAAUCAUCCCCUGUCCAUCGUUUCCGUUUAUAUCCAUCCACUAUGAGAUACCUCAACCUCACCAGCAACUAUGCCACAAAGGCUGAUCACUCGAAAAAGUCCAAAUUUGGUGAUCUACCACUCAGCACCGCCGGGCCUAUCAACUGCGCACUCAGUGGCACAUCGCUCUUGAACACACCAUAUCUCAACAAGGGCUCUGCUUUUCCUCCUGAUGAGCGUCGAGAGUUUAACCUCACAGGCUUGCUGCCUCAAGGUGUUCAGACACUUGAACAGCAAUGCAAACGUGCCUAUGAGCAAUAUUCGUCAAGAACUGACGACCUAGCCAAGAAUACUUUUCUCACUUCACUAAAGGAUCAAAAUGAGGUUCUGUACUACAAGCUUCUGCAACUCCAUCUCGAUGAGAUGAUGAGCAUCGUCUAUACACCGACUGAAGGUGAUGCUAUCCAGAAUUACUCUCGGCUCUUUAGACGUCCAGAAGGUUGCUAUCUCAACAUCCGAGACCCAGAUCAUGUGCAUCACAACCUAGCUCAAUGGGGAAACCCUGAAGAUAUUGACUAUAUUGUCGUAUCUGAUGGAGAAGAAAUCCUCGGCAUUGGUGAUCAAGGCGUCGGCGGUAUUCUCAUCUCCGUGGCCAAGUUAGUCCUCACCACUCUCUGUGCAGGCGUCCACCCCAAUAGAACCCUUCCAGUUGUCCUCGACUGCGGCACGGACAACAAGGAACUUCUCGAUGAUGAGCUAUAUCUCGGUCUCAAAGAGAAGCGUGUUCGUGGUGAAGAGUACGCCAAGUUUGUCGACACGUUUGUGCAGUCUGCCAGGAAGCUCUAUCCCAAAGCCUACAUCCACUUUGAAGACUUUGGUUUAACCAACGCGAGGAAGAUUCUUGAUCGGUAUCGUCCAGACUUUGCUUGCUUCAACGAUGAUGUCCAAGGAACAGGCUGUGUAACUCUCGCAGCUAUCCUGUCAGGUCUUCACGUCAGCAAGCAAAAUCUCAAGGACCUUCGCAUGGUUGUCUUUGGAGCUGGUAGUGCUGGACUUGGUAUCGCAGAUCAAGUUCGAGACGCCAUUGCCACGGAAGGAAAUAUGAGCCAUGUGGAGGCAGCAAAGCAGAUCUGGCUGAUUGACAAGCCUGGUCUUCUCACAUCGGAAACUGAAGGUGUCACUGACUCUCAAAAAAUCUUCACUAAGGAUGCUUCAGAGUGGAAAGACAAGGACGCUGAUCUCCUCUCUGUGAUCAAAGAGGUUCGACCCAACGUGCUUGUUGGCACGUCUACCAAGCCUGGUGCCUUCACCGAAGAUGUCAUCCGCGCCAUGGUUGAGCACCACGAGCGGCCUAUUAUCCUUCCUCUCUCUAACCCUACACGCCUUCAUGAGGCCAAACCCGAGGAUAUCCUCAAGUGGACAGAUGGAAAGGCCCUUGUAGCCACAGGCUCGCCCUUCCCACCUGUCAAAGGCCCAUGGGGCAAAGAUGGCUCUGAAAUCACCAUCAACGUCGGUGAAUGCAACAACUCGGUUGUCUUCCCAGGCAUCGGUCUCGGCUGCGUGCUCUCCCGAGCCAAGCACUUGACUGAUCGCAUGCUGGUAACCGCUGUGGAGGGAGUUUCCUCACUGAGUCCCAUUCUAAAGGACUCGACGGCUCCUCUUCUCCCAGACGUGGAUUCAGUGCGGGAUGUCAGUGUCCGCAUUGCUCGUAAUGUGAUACAAGCAGCUGUCAAGGAUGGUGAGGCUACACAAGAGGGCAUCCCUGAAAAGGAAGAAGAUUUGGAGGAGUGGAUCAGAGAGCAGAUGUGGGAUCCCGUUUACCGGCCGCUGAAGAAGGUUGAUCUCGAGGGUGCCACCAGAGAGGCUAGAGGUGAGCUUAAGAAGGCUGGAACAGUUCACCGUGUUGGCCAUACAUAGACUUUGCUUCAGAACAUGGAUAAAAUUUCGCGGUCAGGCUUUAGAGGCGGGUAUGGUAUAGUCGAGCUAGUCGACGUUCAAAGUCCAGCUUGAUAUUAAUGACAGUGUAGAUUCCAAAGCGAUCCUAACCCUGCGUGAUAAAAAGAGAACCCAGUAUUCAAAUAUUUCCAAGCCCACUUAAGCUUCCGAAGGUUACAUUUA